AUGCCAGCCACAAGCACCAACAGCCAGCAACUGAGCCGCUGCUAUGGUCUUCAGCGCCACGUAGUUCUCCAGGCACCAUUUCGCCCGGCUUUCCGUCAAAUCAGUUUCUUGAAGGAGCUGAGAUUAGAUAAGUCGUCAACGCCGAAGACAAGCAAAACCUCGGCCAUGACUAAAGCGGGUAUUGCGCUUGCUGUUGGCACCUUCAGCGUUAUAAGCACGUACUCUCUCUUCAACUUGAUACCUAUUUCUACGGCAGAUAAAAGCAUUCUAGAGAAUGCGCAAGACAUCUCUCCCCGCUUCGCCAGCAUCAGGCAAAUGAAUAAGGCCAUUGAUGAGAUCAGACAUGAGCUGAGUGAUACAGAGGAUAUCAUAUCCACAGAAGAUGAGGAUCUGAAAGCACAUGGAUUUUCUGAGUGGUCUUCAGUCAACAUCGAUGUUCUUCCUGUAGCGGUUGCUUACCCGCGCUCAACAGAUCAGGUCAGCACUAUGGCCCGUAUCUGCCACAAGUAUAAGGUCCCAAUCAUUCCCUACAGCGGUGGAAGUAGUCUGGAGGGACAUACAGCAGCACCAUUUGGUGGUAUAAGCAUCGACUUUGCCUUCAUGGACAAGAUACUGAGCUUCAGAGAGGCGGAUAUGAAUGUCACAGUUCAGCCAGGCAUAACAUGGACGGAUUUGAACCAUGAGCUCACCAAGAGAGAAGGGAACUACUUUUUCCUAAUAGAUCCAGCUCCCUCUGCAAAGAUUGGAGGUAUGAUUGCCACAAAUUGUUCUGGGACAAAUGCAGUCCGCUAUGGAACAGUGCGAGACUGGGUUAUCAAUCUCACCGUUGUGCUAGCGGAUGGCAGUGUGGUCAAGACCAGACGCCGGCCUCGCAAAUGCUCAGCUGGCUAUAAUCUCAACGGUCUAAUAGUCGGCUCGGAGGGCACCCUCGCCAUCGUGACAGAAGCAACUUUGAAGCUCGCUGCUUUCCCAUCUUACUUCUCCGUUGCAGUGAUUCCCUUCAACUCUCUGAAGGAGGCUGUCUCGGCUGCGGCGGCUGUCAUUCGAAAAGGUGUUCCCUUUGCAGCGCUUGAGCUUAUGGAUGAAGAGCAGAUGAGAAUUGUAAAUGAAGGUGGUGCGACAAGGCCAAGGGUGUGGGAUGAAACGCCCACUUUGUUCUUCAAGUUCUCUGGCACCGAGGGAACUGUGGGUGACAACAUCAAAACUGUGAAAAGCAUUGUCACACCACACAAAUCCAGAGCGUUUAACUUUGCUACGAGCAAGGAAGAACAGGAAUCACUUUGGUCUGCACGGAAAGAAUCUCUGUACUCCCUCUUGGCGCUCCGAAAAGAAGGACAGUUUCUUUGGAACACCGAUGUUGCUGUUCCUUUGGGAGCGCUCGCUGAAUUGAUUGAGGAGAUUAAAGCUGAGGCCAAAAAGCUGGGACUCCAGGUAUGUGUCAAGGGCCAUAUUGGAGACGGUAAUUUCCAUGAGAACAUUACCUACACACCAUCCAACCCCGAGGAAGCAGCGAAUACCGAGGUAGCCGUGAAGAAUAUGGUGAAGAGGGCUCUCGAGAAAGAUGGCACAUGUACCGGCGAGCACGGAAUCGGGUACGGGAAGAAGUCAGCACUUGCAUCCGAAGUUGGGGGUGAUACUCUGCUACUCAUGAAAUUACUGAAGAAGUCGCUUGACCCGCAUUGGAUUUUGAAUCCUGGCAAAAUCUUUGAUCCUUGA